AGCUGACUGAUGACGUGGACCGGGGGUCAUUUCACGCGAAGGAAGGAAGCACAUUCAAUGUGACCGAGCCGGCGAGCGAACCAAGAGGAGAAAUCGAGUCUCGUGAAGUCAGUUGAACACUCAACAAAAAGAGAGAAACCAUGCCUGCAGAUAUUGCAAAGGGAAAGAAGGCGUUUGUCCAGAAGUGUGCCCAGUGCCAUACUGUGGAGGAUGGUGGCAAGCAUAAGGUUGGGCCUAACCUUUGGGGUCUGUUUGGACGUAAAACUGGCCAGGCGGAGGGCUACUCUUACACUGAUGCUAACAAAAGCAAAGGCAUUGUUUGGAAUGACGACACCCUGAUGAUUUAUCUGGAGAACCCCAAGAAAUACAUUCCAGGCACAAAGAUGAUCUUCGCUGGCAUCAAGAAGAAGAAUGAGCGAACUGACCUUGUAGCUUAUCUCAAGUCUGCAACUUCAUAGAACUUUUCACCUGUGCUUUUUUUUUUUCUUUUGCCAAUUUGUGUCCUGACGAACUGCUUGAAGUGUCGAUUCAUCCUUUCAAAAUCAGGCAUAUCGGCAAGCAAUCUGAGUGAUGUUGGCAUGAUAUGUUUGUCACAGCUGUUUCUUUGUUUCUGAUGUGAUCCUCCUGUUGUGAUGGAGUGCAUGAUAUCCCCUGGUUUUAACAGGUUACUUUUCUAAAAAAUAAAUUAUUAAACCAUAUACUGUAUAUCCAGAAUGUAGAGACUGAAAGCUGUGUUUUAUUUUGUUCGUUAACAUCGUCAUCCAUUAUUUUUCUCAGUUGUCUUUUGGCUGAUUGUCAAAAAGUCUUAAUAAUUGUUCCAAUAAUGAAUAUACCUUUUCUGCUUUGAUUUUGAUGAUACCUCAACAGCCUUUUAUUGUGUCAUUUCUAAAGAUAAAUAAAAUUCACGCUAAAAGUUG